CACACGCAAUAUGGACACUACGCACGCGCAUGGCUAAACUGUUAGCUAUCCACAGGCAAAGCAGUUAUAUAGUUUUCUGCGAGACAAACCGAGUACGUUUGUCACCCCUCACUGACCGAACGAAACUGUCACUGACGCAGAGAACUUGGACCAGAACUGUCAUUUGUUGUCUCUGAGAGCCUGACGUCUCUCUUCAAUGGCUGCCUCUGGCUCGUCCACCACAGUGCCUGAAGGAUUUCACUAUGAGACCAAGUAUGCCAUCCUCAGCUACCUCAGCCUGCUACCCUCCUCAAGAUCAAGACCCUCAGAGGUUACAACUGCAGAGGCAGGAGAGAGCCACUCAUCACAGGAAAUGGAAAAAGAGAGAAAGAGCAGUCUGAAGAAACAGAUCGAGAAUGAGUUGAAGCAGCUGGAGGAGGAAAUUGCAGCAUCUUUUUCCAGGACUGGCUUUGAUCGCCAUACAUCUCCAGUAUUUAGUCCAGCUGAUCCUGAGAGCUCCAUAGAGGAUAGCCUGGCAGUGCUGGCGGACCGCGUCUCAUGGGACCUGGACACACACCUGUCCUCUGCCACUCAUACACUUCUGAACAGUGAUUUGAGCUUUGAUUGCUUCAGAGAAGCAGUGGAGGAGCUGGCCUCUCAUGCUCAGGCAGGAUGGAGCAAGGUAUUGGUACCCUUAGUAUUGUUACAGGCCCUGCUGCCUGGAGGGCAGCCGCUGGGCUCUCUGCUAGAGUAUGGACUGCGUUAUAUUGAGGAAUCACAAUCAGACUUCAUCAUUCAGCAGGGAGGAUGGGGCACUGUGUUCAGCCUGGAGGAAACUGAAGACCCUGGUGCGAUCAUAGCUGAGGACAGUAACGACAUCUAUAUCCUGUCAGGUGAACAGGCCUCAGAUCAGCUAAGCCCACCUGCAUCACUAUUGACUCUGGGAGACAGUAGUGGGCCAACUUCCUGGCAGACAGAGAGUCUCCCUGUGUCACUGACAGGACACGAGUCUUGGGCCCAGGUUGGAAUAAUGGACCCAGAAGAUGUCAAGAGUCUGGACAGUGCAGAAGGUGUGGGAACAGCCGAGGAGCAAAGCGAGAACAACUCCUCGAACUCUGACAUCGUCCACGUGGAGCGCGAAGACGCUGAACUGCUAGAGGAGGGUGGAGAAACGGCGGAGGCGGAGGAACUUCAGAGUAGUAUUCUUAGUGUGCUGGGCAGUGAGAGUGAGCUCGCUGCUGUCAGAGAGGAAGUGCCACCAGAGCCAGCUGUGUCUGUAGAGCAACCAAACGUUGUUUCUGAGAUUCCCCCUAAAGUAAGUGAUGUUCCACCUCCAGCCUCAGUGGAGAAAGAGAAUUUAGCCCAUCAUGCUGCUACUCCUGUCACCUCUUUCCUUGUGCCUGAACUUCAGUCUCAGCCUGAGCCUCUUUUAGCUCCUGUGGAGCCACAAUCAACAUCCUUAGUCAAAGAUCUUCUCUCUGACAUCGUCCCACCACCCGAUCUAGAACCGGAACCUGUACAAGCCACCCUAGAGCAAGAGGUACUUCCAGGGGUUGAGCAAAAGACCACCUCUCCAGCCAAAGAGCUCCCCGUCUCCGCCGCUACAGAGCCCCCGGUGCAGAAGCAGUCUGUGCCACAACCCGAGUCCUGUGAUCUACCUGUGCUGCUAUAUGGUGGUGCUGCCCUGGUGGCUAUCGCUGCAGUAUUGGCCUGUGGAGUAUUGGCCUAUAGGAAGAAGUAAACAGUCUAUGACUGUUUGUAAUGUCACUGUCUCUUUUGCCCUUAUGGAAGCCACUGUGCUGCCAUAAGCUGCACUUUAUCAGACAAAUACUCCUCGUCUUUGUGUCAUACCAUUUUCUUGUCUGUUCUCUUGGCUUUUAUUUGAUCAUGUUCAUUUGUUGGCAUAGUUUCUUAGUUUCUUUAAACCAGCUUAAUUAAUGACUGGGUGGGGACGCUAGAUGCAAACACAUCUGUUUCGGUGAUUUGAUGUUGCAGUUGUGCUGUAUUUGUGAACAACAGUGAGCUGUUCGCUGGCCGUGACCUAGGUUUUUACUGAUUGUUUAACUUUCAACAUAAAGGCUUCUGAGAUCUGUUAACAUUAAUGGAUGUAGUUCAUUUUGUUUUGUUAGUAAAGUGCGUUUUUUAUUAUUUAUAAUUAAUUAGUUUAGUUCAUUUUAAAGCACAGGCUUGCGUGAUACGGCAUGGUUAUGAUUUUACUUCGUGUAUCUGAAUUAAAUUGUAAAGUACAAAACUUAAUAGUUUUGUACGGAUAUAUUUUGGUUUUGCGCGAAUUUUUUCUUUAACCAGUGUGGUGUCCCAAAGCAUUGUCAUAGACAAGAGAGACACUUUGCUUGAUGCUGGAUAUCUAUGCAUUCGAUUCGUAUAAAUCCACUGAACAUUAAAUUUAGAAUGAAUUAUUCCUGAUAAGACUUGAAUGCAUGGUUUUGUGUAAAUUCCCCCUUUUAAAAACUAAAAAUAGAAACCUAGGUCACACAGCCUUUAAAGGGAACUCCCUUGUGUUAACAGUUAACAUAGUCAAAGGGUUAUCAUUGCUAAAUGUACAGCAAUUCAUCAUGUGAACGUUUCUUUACGGUUAAAAAGGAUGGUACGAUAUAAAAAAAAUGUAGUAAUGUUUGUUUGUGCGUGCGUGCGUGUGUGUGAAAAAAUACACCAGCACAAUCAGAUUUGUCAUGACAACAGGCCACAAUGGACUGACUUUAUGUAGUAUCAGGAAAAAGAAAGUCAAAUUUAGUUUUCUAAGCUUGCAUUUUAUAAAUUGUCCCUGAUUCUGGGUCAAAAGCACAGCACUUUCAGUAUACUACUUUCAGUAAACUGUGCAUACUUAAAUGCAAAUGUGAUAAUAGACAGGCUUUUAAUUUUAUAUAUAAACCACUGUGUUUCAGAUAAACAUGAACGGAAUAUAUAAAUUAAUUUAGUAGUGCUACAGUAAAAAUGAUUUUCUAAAGGCUUCAUUGCAGAGAUUGUAUGCUGACUUGUGACUUCAGGUUCAGGGACCAGAAUGCCUCAUAAAUUGUCCAUCAAAAAGUCAAUCAUGACAUUUUAAUUCAAUUGGAAUCGGUAGAAUAACACCUUUACUAUUGUUUGCUCUCUUGUACUACAUAGCACAAAGUAUUGUCUCUUUUCCACCUCCAAGACCACCUGAUUGCUUGUACUUUUGUGCUGUUGUUUGUCUUUAUGAUUAAAGACCUUCUUAGUACAGUCCUGUCACCACCUUACCCUGCUUUGUGCCUACCAAGAGACGCUGAUCAAAACAAGAGAAAACAAAAGCAGAAGGCACACUACAGGCAGAAUCCACCUGUUGUCAUUAGGCAAUCUCAACUCGGAGAGAAAAAAAAGUGCUAUUUUUUGCAAGCGAGGUGUUUUGUACUGUUGAAAAAAAAGCUGUGAAAUAAAAGCAUUUUCUGUUAGCGGAA